AUGGGAGGCAAGCGGCGGCUCAGUAGCAUAGAGGAUGAAACUUCAUCCGCAGCCCUGACAUUGGCGGGGAAAACAGAUCUAAUCAAACGUACGCGUAUCACCGAUAUUGUGACCGCUGAUUCGGCAGUUGUAGCGUCUAAGCGCGUGGAAGACCGAGCGUCAGGCCUCUUGGCGCCAACGAUGCUGCUAUCAGGACACUCCGCUGCCGUGUACUCGCUUAAGUUUAGUCCGACAGGUCAACAUGCUGCUACAGGAUCGUUUGAUCGUAGCAUCCUUCUGUGGGAUGUGUAUGGUGAGUGUCGCAACUACAGCAUGCUGAGCGGUCACAAGAACGCGGUGCUAGAGGUACAAUGGACAUACGACGGUACUCAGGUGGUAUCUGCUUCGGCCGAUAAAAUGGUUGGAUUGUGGGAUGCUGAAAGUGGCCGUCGUAUCAAAAAGUUUACGGGUCACUCGUCAGUAGUCAACAGCUGCUGUCCCGUAAAUAGUGGCCCCACACUCAUUGUAAGCAGCAGUGAUGACUGUAGCUUCAAAGUUUGGGAUGUGCGCUACAAGCGCGCUGUCAAAACGUUCGAGAACAAGUUUCAAGUCACAGCUGUCUGUUUUUCUGGUGAUAACUCUCACAUCAUAGCUGGUGGACUGGACGGAGAUAUCAAAAUUUGGGAUCUCCGCAAUGAUGAUAUAAGCACAGUAUUGCAGGGCCAUGUGGACAUUGUAACGAGUGUUAGUCUCAGUCCCGACGGCACUCACUUGCUGUCGAAUGCAAUGGAUUCUACAGUACGGAAAUGGGAUGUUCGACCAUUUGUCACUGGAGAACGACUUAAAACCACGUUUAUGGGAGCCAAGCACAGUUUUGAUCGAACGCUGAUUCGCUGUGGAUGGUCAGCUGAUAUGCGGUUUGUAUCAAGCGGCUCUGCUGAUCGUUACGUGUACAUUUGGGAUGCCGAAUCGGGUAAUUUGCGCUACAAGCUUCCAGGGCAUACAGGCAGCGUAAAUGAGGCAACUUUCCAUCCUACAGAGCCCAUCGUUGGCUCGUGCAGCAGUGACAAAAACGUUUACUUGGGAGAGUUAACGGAACUGUAG